AUGCCUCAACCACCAAAGCCCGUCGCAGCCUUCUUCUCCUUCUUUCCCCUUAAAACAUACCCUCCAGUCCAGAUUCAUGAUGAGAACGUGCAGAACUCAAGGCCAACAAAACCAACCUUGUGGAUAAGCCCACCAAAGUCAUCGUCACCCGCUUCGACAACGGCUGAAGGGACUAACACGGAAACAACGACGAAUAACCUUCUCAGCGGCGACGUAGAAUGUCUCAAAUGGCAAGCCUAUAUUGCGCUUCGCGGUCUCAACAGCGUCAAGGUUCGCUGGGAUAUUCGACCAGAGGGUGCACUCGAAGCCCGUCUGCCAAACCUCCACCUCCCCAAGCAAGACGGCGAAAAGCUCGAUGCUGACCUUGCGCCGAGCACUGAAAUCGAAAAGGAAAAGAAAACAGCGGAAAAUGUAGAACAUAAGCUCCAUCUGUACUCUGCAGCUAUGAUCCCGUCAUGGGUAGACCUCACCCUGGGUGUCGACAGCGCGUCCGACCCACUGGAAGGCUACAUCAACGAAGCGGCACGCGACGAGAGCAGGGCCUGGGUUUCUCUCCUCGAAGGCGUUGUACACGGUGCCCUCGUCCUCUUCUCCCAAAGCCAACCGUCGCUGCUGGCCAACCUCCUCGACUUUGGAAGUUCCACAUCCGCCGUGUUGACUUCGGGUUCAAACUCAGGUGCUCCGGGUCAACCACAUCCAUUGCAGACCGUGCUUUCGCCUCCUCCUGCACCUCUGUCCGGGUUUACUUCCAUUCUUCCCGCAUUCGGCACCCGCGUCAACCCGACUGCUAUUAUCUCCCAGUACCGCGAAGCCAUCGUGUCUCUUUCAGAGAGAUUGGGGACGGACAAAUGGUUCUUGGGCUCAAACGAACCAACCCCUCUAGAUGCCCUCGCAUUCGCCUACCUCCAUUGUCUCCUCGCUUCUCCCGAAGCACUGCGAUUCGAGGUCACCAAGCACGUUAACCUGGUUGCAUGGGAAUGGAGGGUUCGCGAGCAAGUGCGCAACGCGUUCACUCGAUGA